AUCAAAGCUUGAAAUAUUGUAUUGAAAUCUAUUCCGUAUACCAAUAUAAGAUCGUUGCAGAUAUCCCCAGUUAGACAAAGCAACUAGCCUCAUCGCUCCGAUAGCCAUCACAAACACAUACGCAAGAUUGUCAAGAUCUAAUUUCGAUUAAAUUUCGUAUUAUAUGGCUCAUACUUUCCCUGCGUCGCAUCCUUUCUAUUUCUCACCGUGCACGUUCAGCGUUACCCUAUACAGUUUGCGUAACUUUUCACUAUUCAAUCGUUUGCCUAAUUUCCAUUUAUCAUAACAUCAAAAUUCACCAUGUCCGAAUCCGCCCCUGUCCAGACUGUGAAACAGGAAAUGCCACCGCUGAUGCCGGUUGCUGCAUUUGACCUGCGUGCUUCGUCGCUGGCCGCACCGCUGUCCCCUGCCGUUGGCACGCCGGUGCACCCCAACGCCAAGUCCACCACCUCCACCCAGAACGGCACCACCACCACAAAGUCCAGCAUCUCGCAGCCCGUGUGCCGAAACUGCAAGACCCAAACCACCCCUCUCUGGCGUCGUGACGAGACUGGCCAGGUCUUGUGCAACGCGUGUGGUCUCUUCCUCAAGCUCCACGGCCGUCCGAGACCGAUCUCGCUCAAGACCGACGUUAUCAAGUCGCGCAACCGUGUCAAAAAUCCAUCGAACCGCUCGUCGCCUAACACGCCCGAGCUCAAGGCGAAGGAGGCACCCGCUGCAAAGCCCCAGUCGAGCGCUGCACGGCCCGCAGCUGCACCCGGCAAGUUCUCGCCCAAGCAGUACAGACCAAAGCCGAAAGAGUCCUCGCCCGACGAUGCCACACGCGUACACCCCGUACACGGCUCGCCAUGGUUUGCACAAGCCCACCCUCACUUCCAGAGCCAACAGGUGCCGCUCGGCUACCCAUCGUCUACGCCCGCGCAGUUCGCCCCAAACCUCAAGGCGAUCACCUCGCCGUUGUUGCUUGCGUCGGCAGGGCCCCACUUCCAGCCCCUCCACGCGCAGCACUCGGCAACUAACGCGCUCGCGCACGUCGCCGCGGGCGCCUUGGAGAACUUGAACGGGAAAAAUACGAAUCAAACACCGUCCAGCGCCUUGCAGGCGAUGAUGGAGCCCCAUACGGUGCUUCCGCACUUGGCAAUGAUGGGCUCCGCCCCGCCAAAGCUUCCAGCGUUGGUUGCGGCGGCAUCGGUAGACACGGCCUCGUCGGUGGUGAGCUCACCGCUGUUUGGGCCUCAGUACUCAUUGAACAACCUCUCAAGCUUCAGUCUCAACGGGCCAGUGCCUAGCCUUCCAUCGUUAAAGCCGAUGGUUGGGCGCAAUGUUACCGCAACAACGAUCCACCACCAUCAUGACGAACCGUCGUCGAACCAGUUGAGCUCGAUCUUGGGAAUUUCCCCCGCCGCACGUCCUAGUCUGGCCGCAGCCUUGCGCAGCGGUUCGGCUCUCCCUCCACCGCACAGCGCCUCUACCGACGACACAGUUCUGUUGCGUACACGCAUCUCCGAGCUUGAGCUUGUAAAUGACUUGUACAAGUCGCGGAUUGCUGAGUUGGAGAGGUCCGAGCAACAAGCGCGGGCGAAUGCAGAGCAGUUGCGUCAGCAGGUUGAAGAGUUGAAGGUGCCGACUGUGCUGACAGCGCCAAAGGUGUGGACAGAGUUCAGUGGGCCGAUUGCCGGGGCGCUUCAGGAUAAUAGCCCGGCAAGCCCAGCGGCAGAGGUAAAUAGCCCAGCGGCCGUGGCGACGCCUGAGGAGAAGAUUCACAGAUUAGGGGAGGCGGAAAGCGGUCAGUCGCCAAAGAGAGCCCGUGUGGAGGUGUAGUAACUGAUUUAAAGGUUAAGGAAUAAAAAUGUACAUUCAACUCGUCUCACAGAAUCUGACGAGUUUUUAAAUUUGUGGUAUAUUUAAUGUAAAG